UUUUCUGGGUUUUGUAUAUUUUGAACUUUUGAUUCAGUUAUCUUUAGAAAAAUUUGAUUUUUUUAAACCAUGGCUGCUGGUCUUGAAACUGAAGUUGCUGCUGUGAAAAAUGAAGAUAAUGAGAAUGUUAAUAAUAAUAAUAAUAAUAUGAUCAAUUGUAAUGAUAAUAAUGAGAAUAAUGAUGAGUCCAAAAAAGGGUCUGAGUCUGAUUCAAAAAUGCAAAAUUUUGUUAAUAUGCUGUCAAAUUUGAAACUGAAUCCAAUGGCUAAAGAAUUUUUUCCAUCUUCAUAUUCCCCAAUUGAUCAUAAUAAUAUAAAUAAUAAUUAUGAUCAACAAAAUGUUGGUUUUAAUUACUUUGUGCAACCUGCUGCUUAUUUCAAGAAUUAUCUUGAAAAUGGAAUUGAAGUGCAUCCCAAUAACAGGAGGAGGAGAAAUGGCUAUAGCAACGGUCGGCGACUGUCUAAUGGAAGGUCUUUCAGAGCUCAACGAGAAGAUAGCAUUAAGAGAACCGUGUAUGUCUCGGACAUUGAUCACAAUGUUACUGAAGAACAACUUGCUGCUUUAUUUAGUGGUUAUGGACAUGUUCUCGAUUGCCGGGUUUGUGGUGAUCCACAUUCACGCCUCCGGUUUGCAUUCGUGGAGUUUGCUGACGAGAACUCAGCCAGGGGGGCACUUAAUCUUAGUGGUACAAUGCUUGGCUUUUCUCAGAUCACUGUUUUGCCCUCGAAAACUGCCAUCCUUCCUGUGAAUCCAACGUUUCUUCCCAGGUCAGAGGAUGAGAGAGAGAUGUGUUCAAGGACGGUCUACUGUACAAAUAUCGACAAGAAGGUUUCUCAAACUGAGGUUAAGAAUUUCUUUGAGACAAGAUGUGGUGAGGUUUCUCGUUUGAGGCUUUUGGGGGAUAAUGUUCAUUCAACCCGCAUUGCCUUUGUUGAGUUUGUAAUGGCUGAGAGUGCAAUUAUGGCGCUUGAUUGCUGUGGCCAGCCGUUAGGAGCGCAGCCAGUCAGGGUGAGUCCUUCAAAGACUCCAGUGAGGCCUCGUGUUGCUCGCCCACUUGCAGCAAACUAAAAUUCAGGCACAUGAACAAGACAUCCUUAAGAGCGUAAUGUUGCAUCCAUGAUUUUGGUGAUGUUUUGUUUUUGUUUUUUUUUUCCCUCUGAAUAUUGGUCGUAACCUCAGUUGUGUGUCGAAGUCAUGUAGCCUGAAGCUGAAAACUUGCUAUGUUUACUUGCUUGUGUUGCGUUUCAUGAGCUCAGUACUCGUGAUGGUCAUGGUUGCUAGAUGCCGACUUCUGGUUUUGACUUGCAUGGUUAUAUCAUUCGGGUUCUUUA